AAAAGCCACUCUCGGCCCUCUAGCGUCAUUGUUCAAAUUUCAAAUUCGACUAGUAGACAGACAAAUGUUCUCUGACUUUUAAACAAGGAACAUCGUUCCCGUUGACAAUUCCGGUCCCAGUAGACUUGCUCAUUGUAUUUUUUGUCAUAACUAGAUAUGGAUACCAAACAACCGUUAAGGGACUUGCAAAACGUGACCAAGCCUUUGACGGCUACCCCAUUAGCAAAAACGGAUGUCAAACUUGAGAAUGAAAGAUCAAAACCUAAGUGGACUUUGGAAAACUUUGAAAUUGGCCGUCCAUUGGGAAAGGGAAAAUUUGGAAAUGUAUAUUUAGCUAGGGAGAAGAAGUCAAAAUUUGUGGUAGCUCUUAAAGUUUUAUUCAAGUCGCAGCUUCAGAAAAGUCAUUUGGAACACCAGCUUCGCAGAGAAAUUGAAAUACAGUCUCAUUUGAGGCAUCCAAAUAUUUUGAGGAUGUAUGGUUACUUUUUUGAUGAAACUCGAGUAUACUUGAUAUUAGAGUAUGCAUCAAAGGGGGAAAUGUACAAAUUCCUGAUGGCACAGCCGCUUCAGCGAUUUGAGGAACCAACGGUGGCAAAUUAUAUGGCACAAUUAGCUGAUGCCUUGAUGUAUUGCCAUGCUCGCAAGGUAAUUCAUCGCGAUAUUAAACCCGAAAACUUGCUAUUGGGAGCAAAUGGAGAUGUUAAAAUAGCAGAUUUCGGCUGGUCAGUCCACGCUCCAUCUUCACGACGCACAACAAUGUGUGGAACACUUGAUUAUUUGGCCCCGGAAAUGGUUGAGGGUCGAUCCCAUGACGAAAGAGUUGAUUUAUGGACAUUAGGGAUCUUAUGCUACGAGUUUCUCGUGGGCAAGCCACCAUUUGAGGAGGAAAAAACAGACUUGACUUACAAGAGGAUAUGCAGUGUUGAUUUGCGCUUCCCCGCACACGUGACGAAUGGCGCCCGUGACAUUAUCAGCAAAUUGCUUAAAUAUCAACCCGAGGAACGCCUAGAUUUGAAGAGCAUUGUUCAUCAUGAAUGGGUUCAGCAGCAUUUGACAUCCGACGUAAAAUCAAAAUUACCUUACUUCCAGUCCCACGACCAAAUUAGAUCAGAGGUGUAAAUACUAUUUAAUAUAAUUGGAUGUAUUUUAAGCGGUUUUAUCCUUCCACUGUCCUGUCUUUAUGUGUAGAUGUCUUCAUUAUAGUUCUGUUGUAUGAUAUUUUUAUCAAAUUUCUUAUCUGUGUGAUUUUCGACAUAGGAAAAUAAAGUAGACGCCUAUAUUUCA